CCCCCCCCCCCCCCCCCACCUCAAAGCUGUUCUAUCUUUUGUCUCACUGAGUUUGGAGUUAGAACCCUAUCAUUUUGAAGCUCACUUUGUUCUUCUUUGUGAAUUCAUACACCCGUUUGGGAGAUUUUAGGAUUUCUUGUGUUGUUCCUGAAAUUGACUGCUCCAAUUAGUGAUUAUUUUUCACAUACCAUACCGCUAUCCAUGGACGCCCUUAUCCAGGAGUAUUCUGCUGUUAUGAACAACUUCAAGUUCAAUCGGCACUCAGUUCCAGCUCUUCCAAGACAAAACCAUGUAAAUGGAUACAAAGUUGAUCAUGGGUCUGAGAAUGUUUCUAUUCCUUCAACAGAGACUCCCUCGGAAGGAAAUGCUUCUGAGGAAGUGGACUAUUCCGAUGCAUUCCUCAAGUUUAUAACUCAAACCCUUAUGGAAGAGGAGGACUUGGAGCAUAAGCCAUGCAUGUUCCAGGACUCCUUGGCUCUCCAAGCUGCUGAGAAAUCCUUCUAUGAUGUCCUUGGCGAGAAGUACCCUCCUCCACCCAAUCAAGAGACUCCUUUUGGUGUCAAUCAAUAUUCUGAUGGCCCGGAUUUCGCUGGGGAUUGUAGCAGUCAAGCCAGUAGCAGUUCUAUUGAUGUAAACAACUUUGUUGAGUCCAAUUGGAUUCGUGAUUCUGGAGAGUUUGAGUCCUCCCUUGUACAAUCUUCUCACGUUAACUAUGACUCUCGGUCCAUUCUGCAUCCGAAUCCGCCGUCAAUUGACUCUUCAAACAGCUUAUUUUCUGCUGUAAAUGAGUUUAAGGAUUUGAAUGUUGGUUCAGUUUUGGCUCUCGGUUCAACUAGUAAGAGCCGAUUUGACUUCCAACCCACCAUUGGAGAAGUGACCCACUUCCUCCCAAAUGGUAGUUCCUUCAAGUAUGAUCCGGCACCGAUGGAGAAUACUUCAAAAGUUUUGGAGGCCGCAAAGGAGAAUGGGAGGGACAAUUCACCAAAUGGAUCAAAGGGAAAGAAAAAAUCGUAUCGAGAAGAUAGUGAUUAUAUAGAAGAACGUAGGAGUAAUAAACAGUUGGCGAGUUAUGCCUUGGAAUUCGAGCAAUCAGAGAUGUAUGACAAGGUGUUGCUUUGUCCACAUGGUUUUAUUCCCGGCUCGCAGAUUGAGUCCAAGAAGCCUCCCUCUGAUGAAUCCCCACAAGAUGGAUCAAAGAACAAGUUGAAGCAGAAUGAGGAGUCAAAAGGAUCAAAUCGAGGUAGGCCACGGGGUAAGAAACAAGGCAUCCGUAAGGAAGUGGUGGAUUUGAGGAGUCUCUUAACUCAAUGUGCACAAGCUGUGGCAGGCACGGACCUCAGGACUGCUAAUGAGUUGCUGAUGCGUAUUAGACAACAUUCUUCUGCUCAUGGUGAUGGCACUGAAAGGUUGGCCCAUUACUUUGCUAUCGCCCUUGAGGCACGCUUGUCUGGCACCGGGACUGCACUGUAUACAUCUUUCACUUCCAGCAGGAUAUCGGCUGCUGAUUUCUUAAAAGCUUACCAGGUGUAUGUUUUGGCGUGCCCAUUCAGGAAGAUGUCUAAUAUAUUUGCAAACAAAUCGAUUAAGAAACUAGCUAAUGAAGCAACAAGGCUUCACAUAAUUGAUUUUGGAAUUCUAUAUGGCUUUCAGUGGCCUUGCCUUAUCCAGGGUCUCGCUGGGAGGCCUGGUGGUCCUCCAAUGCUCCGUAUCACGGGAAUAGAUCUUCCCCAAUCAGGUUUCCGACCAGCAGAGAGGGUUGAGGAGACAGGGCGUCGCCUAAAAAAUUACUGCCAGAGAUUCAAUGUCCCAUUUGAGUACAAAGCCAUAGCAAAGAAAUGGGAUACAAUUCAACUUGAGGAUCUCGGGAUUGACAGAGAUGAGUUGCUUAUUGUUAACUGUUUAUACCGGCUAGGAAAUGUGCCUGAUGAGACAGUAGCAGCUAACAGUCCAAGGGACGCUGUUCUGAACUUGAUCAAUAGGAUUAAUCCUGAUAUGUUCAUCCAUGGAAUAGUUAAUGGGACUUACAACACCCCUUUCUUUGCCACACGAUUCCGAGAGGCACUCUUCCACUACUCUGCCAUGUUUGAUAUGUUUGAAGCUACUGUAUUGCGUGAAGAUCAGGAUAGAAUGCGGUUUGAAAAAGAAGUAUAUGGUAGGGAUGCCGUGAACAUCAUAGCUUGCGAGGGUACUCAGAGGGUCGAAAGACCCGAGACAUACAAACAGUGGCAAGUUAGGAACCGGAGGGCAGGGUACAGGCAACUCCCACUUGACCAGGAGAUCGUGAAGUUUGUAAGGAACAAGGUGAAGUCAGAUUACAACAAGGAUUUUGUAGUGGAUGAAGAUGGAAACUGGAUGCUGCAAGGGUGGCGGGGCCGGGUCCUUUAUGCUCUCUCUUAUUGGAAGCCUUUACAGAAGUAAUUACAAUGGAAUGCUUAUUACAGCUUAGAAUUGGUAAAUCAUGAUUCACUCCUGUGAAUUGUAUUUCUACUUUUUUGCAUGUUUAUUGUAAAAUUUAAUUACCUUGUUUCUGAUAAUAUAUAUGGGUUUUCUUGCACAAAUAUCAAAUGGGAAG